AUGCCUCUGAAUCCUUGCAGGAGCAGGGAGGCAGUCUACAAGCCCGGCAGGAAAGGCCGUCAGAAGGAGCUUUUGUGGAGCUGUGGGGACCUGCUGCAGAUCCGGUACUGGUUGCUGUGUCAGGCUCUGGCUGAAUGCCUUGGGACGCUCAUACUAGUGAUGUUUGGGUGUGGCUUUGUGGUCCAGGUUGUGCUGAGCAGAGGGAUCCAUGGUGGCUUUCUUACCAUCAACCUGCCUUUUGGUUUUGCAGUCACACUUGGCAUCCUUAUUGCUGGACAAGUGUCUGGAGCCCACCUGAAUCCAGCUAUCACCUUUGCCAUGUGCUUCCUGGUGAGGGAGCCAUGGAUCAAGCUGCCCAUCUAUACACUGGCCCAGACAUUGGGGGCUUUCCUAAGGACUGAGAUUGUCUUUGGGCUAUACUAUGAUGCAGUUUGGGCCUUUGCUGGUAAUGAACUUUUUGUCUUCGGCCCCAGUGGCACUGCCAGGAUCUUUGCCACCUACCCCUCUGGCCACUUGGACAUGGUCGAUGGCUUCUUUAACCAGUUCAUUGGCAUAGCAUCACUCAUCAUCUGUGUGUUGGCUAUCGUGAAUCCCCACAACAACCCAGUUCCCCGAGGUCUUGAAGCCUUUACUGUUGCCUUUGUGGUCCUGGUCAUCGGUACAUCCAUGGGUUUCAAUUCUGGUUAUGCUGUUAAUCCAGCUCAAGAUUUUGGUCCCAGCCUGUUUACCGCCAUUGCUGGCUGGGGUUCUGAGGUCUUCACAAUGGGUCAGUACUGGUGGUGGGUCCCCAUCGUCUCACCGCCUCUUGGUGCCAUUGCUGGAGUUUUUGCUUAUCAGCUCACGAUUGGCUUUUACCUGGAGACUCCACCUCCUUCCACAGAGCAGGAGAAUGUCAAGAUGGCUCACAUGAAACACAAAGAACAGAUCUGA